UGCUGGAAACCCUAGUUCGCCUGGAAGGGGCCGGGGAUUCGGGGAGAGUGUUGGGGGUUAAUUGGAGAAGCUGGUCGCCCGCUUCCUUCUUUCGCCGUCGCGCUCUUCUCUGAGUGCUUGGGGCACCCAAUCCCCGCAACCAUGAAGCUCAACAUCGCCAACCCCACCACGGGGUGCCAAAAGAAGGUUGAGAUCGAUGACGACGCCAAGCUUCGUCAAUUCUACGACAAGAGACUGGCUCAGGAAGUUAGCGGUGACCAGCUGGGAGAUGAGUUUAAGGGGUAUGUCUUCAAGAUUAUGGGAGGUUGCGACAAGCAGGGUUUCCCUAUGAAGCAGGGAGUUCUCACACAAGGCCGUGUGCAGCUCUUGAUGCACAGAGGGGUCUCUUGCUUCAGGGGGUACGGGAGGCGCAACGGGGAGCGGAGGCGCAAGUCUGUGAGGGGAUGCAUCGUUAGCCCAGACCUCUCGGUUUUGAACCUGGUUAUUGUCAAACAAGGUGACAAUGACCUGCCUGGACUCACUGAUAUCGAGAAGCCCAGAAUGAGGGGUCCGAAGAGAGCUACCAAAAUCCGAAAGCUCUUCAAUCUCACCAAGGAGGACGAUGUGAGGAAAUACGUAAACACAUAUCGCCGCAGCUUUGUGUCUGCCACAGGCAAGAAGAGGAGCAAAGCUCCGAAAAUCCAGAGGCUUGUAACUCCCUUGACUUUGCAGAGGAAACGCCGAAGAGUGGCAAUCAAGAAGGCACGCGUCGCCAAAGCCAAGUCUGAGGCAGCAGAGUACCAGAAACUCUUGGCUCUUCGCAUCAAGGAGCAGCGGGAGCACCGCAGUGAGAGUUUGGCUAAGAAGCGUGCUUCUCGUGCGUCUGUCGCCAAGCCUGAGGCCUAGGCUAAAUAGUCAGGCUAUCUGGUUGUUUCGGCAUGUAGACCCAAAUUGAGUCAGGUGUUCAAUUCCUUAUAUUCCAUUUCUAGAGUUUGUUCACUGUUGUGAAUACUGGGUAUGACAGCGGGACUAUGUCAAACUAUGUUUUGAGGGCAAUGUCUUCUCCUCUUGGAUUCUAAUGCUUGGAAUGAGAGAUGGCGGUGAGGUCGAAUUCAAGGUUUUGUUCAUUACUGAAAAUAACGAUAUGUGACGAAAUACGUCAACACAACGGCAAGCUACGUCAACACAUAUAUCUUAUGAUAUUAUUAACGAUGUCUUCCAAUUGAUGAGUAAAAGCACUUCACAA